AUGGCAGACGACAAUCCCGUAGCGGAUGCUCAACUGCCUCCAGCUUCUGAAAUCAGGAAGCCUCGUCCGAAAAAAGCGCCUGAGCUCCCUAUUUUGGAGAGAAGAAACUGGCUCAUCCACCUUCACUACAUCCGUAAAGACUAUGAGAUCUGUAAGUCAAUUAUCAAAGAGCAGCUACACGAAACCGGGGGGAUGUGUGAAUAUGCCAUCUAUGUACAAGCUUUAAUCCUUCGCCUGGAAGGGAAAAUCCAGCAGUCACUGGACCUGUUCCAGAGCUGUGCAAUACUCAACCCUGGCAGCUCGGAUAACCUCAAACAAGUGGCCAGAUCCCUAUUUCUCCUUGGUAAGCAUAAGGCUGCCAUAGAGGUUUACAAUGAGGCUUCACAGCUCAAUGAGAAAGACUGGGAGAUCAGCCACAACUUAGGUGUGUGCUACAUCUAUACCAAAGACUUCAACAGUGCAGAAGAGCAGUUGAACAUCGCCCUGGAGUUGAGCAAGCACGACCUGACCUACAUGAUGCUGGGAAAGAUUCACCUGCUGGAAGGGGACACUGACAAAGCCAUCGACGUGUACAGGAGUGCUGUUGAGUUUUCUCCUGAAAACACGGAUCUUCUCACCACUCUUGGCCUGCUAUACAUGCAGCAAGGCAAAUAUCAGAAAGCCUUUGAACACCUUGGGAAUGCCCUGACGUAUGACCCCAACAACUUUAAGGCCAUACUGGCAGCUGGCAGCAUGAUGCAGACGCAUGGGGACUAUGAUGUUGCCAUGAAUAAGUACCGCGUGGCAGCUUAUGCUGUACCUGAGAGCUCACCCCUCUGGAAUAACAUUGGCAUGUGCUUCUUCGGAAACAAGAAAUAUGUGGCGGCCAUCAGCUGUCUGAAGAGGGCCAACUACCUGUCUCCGUUUGACUGGAAAAUCCUGUACAACCUGGGCCUGGUGCAUCUCACCAUGCAGCAGUACGCCUCAGCCUUCCACUUCCUCAGUGCUGCCGUCAACCUGCAGCCAAAGAUGGCAGAGCUCUAUAUGCUGCUGGCAGUUGCACUUACUAAUAUGGAUGACGGGGAGAAUGCCAAGCGAUCAUACGAGCAAGCAGUGUUGUUGGAUGACUGUAACCCCUUGAUCAAUCUGAAUUUCGCAGUCCUGUUGUACAAUCAAGGAGACAAAAAAGGAGCCACAGAACAGUACCUGGAGAUGGAGAGUAAAGUGAUGGAAAGCAGCCAUAAUGAAGAAUUUGACCCAGAGCUCAUUGAGAUGGCCCAGAAGUUGGCAUCUGCUCUCCAGGUGGGAGAGACCUCGGUGUGGACCAAGCCAGGUAAGGACUCCAAAGUCGGUCAGCGUUCCAAGACCACGUCCCUGCAGCCCCUGGGCACCAACCAGGCCCUUGGGCAGGCCAUGUCUUCAGCUGCCAGCAAAAGCAUCCAGCUAGCUGCAGGCUCUAAGGCUCCACCCAAGUCCACCUCCACGCCGCUAGAUGAAGAGCAUGAUGUGGAGAAUGCCCCUUCCCCUCCCCUGGGGGACCCUGAGUCAGAGGAUCCCAAAGCCAAAGAAAAGAAGAGCAAGUCUAAACCUGUGGCUGAGUAGGGUCCAUGAUCCACUGCUAUAUGUGAAGUGUAGCAGUGUAUAGUUGAGUAGUAUGUACUGUAUUGGGGUUGGAUUCUUAAUUGCAGGUUUAAGAUGUUUUGAAUAAAAGUAGGGGGAGACGUUAGUGCAUUCAGAAAGUAUUCAGACCCCUUGAUUUUUUUCCACAUUUUGU